GAGGGAGAGCGCGGAGCUAUGGCGGGACCGGGGUGGUCCGGCAGCAGGAUGGACAGACAGCAGGAGCGCGACGUGUGCGAGCUGGUCCGGAGGCUGACCGGCCUCCAGGACCAGGCGGACCCCAACUUCCAUCUGGCCUUGAACUUCGCCUGGUCCAACUUCAGAUUUCAUCGUUUCUUGGAUGUCAACAGUCACAAAAUAGAAAAAACAAUAGAUGGAAUUUAUGAAAAAUUCACCAUUCAUUCUGACCUCAGCAAAGCAGCUAGCUGGAAGAGAUUAACUCAGGAAUUUCUAAAUGCAUCACUUCCCAGCACAGAGGGAAAAAAGACAGAUGCACAUUACUCCAUACUGUCACUCCUCCUGUGUCUGUCCGAUUCACCUUCAAACAGCAAUUACGUGGAAACUCCCAGAGAUAAAGAAGUGGAAAAGAAAGAUGAUUUUGACUGGGGAAAAUACUUGAUGGAAGGCGAAGAAAUUGACCUUGGUCCAAAUGUGGACACACCAAAUUGGUCAGAAGAUAGUGACGAUGAAGAUGCACAACAGCCCUUAAGCCGAGAAGACUCUGGGAUACAAGUAGACAGGACCCCAUUAGAAGAACAGGAUCACAACAGAAGGGGGCCUCAGGUUGACUGGAAAGUAGAUGAGCCAGGUAGCCGAAGCUGGCUGGAACAGCAUGUGGUCCGGCAGUACUGGACAACCAGACGCUCCCGGGUUUUGCACAGCUUACAUUUACACUCCAAUUUAGCUGCUGUCUGGGACCAACACCUGUAUAGCAGUGAUCCACUGUAUAUUCCAGAUGACAAGGUGGUUGUUACUGAGACACAAGUUAUUCGGGAAACCCUAUGGUUGCUUUCAGGAGUGAAAAAGCUAUUUAUAUUUCAAUUGAUAGACGGGAAGGUAACUGUGAGAAACAAUAUUGUUGUAACUCAUUUGACACAUAACUGUUUGCGAUCUGUGCUGGAACAAAUUGCAGUGUACGGCCAGGUCGUGUUUCGACUGCAGGAGUUCAUUGAUGAGGUCAUGGGGCACAACUCUGAAAGCCUGUCACCAGGAAACAGUUCUAGGAAGUCGCCUGAAGCUCCUUUUAGAACUUACCAGGCUUUCAUGUGGGCCCUUUACAAAUAUUUCAUUAGCUUCAAAGAAGAACUUACAGAAAUUGAGAAGUGCAUCAUCAAUAAUGAUUCCACAAUAACACUUGCAAUAGUGGUGGACAAGUUGGCACCUCGAUUGGCUCAACUAAAGGUUCUGCACAAAGUGUUUAGUACUGGAGUGGCAGAAGUUCCCCCGGAUACUCGGAAUGUCGUCCGGGCAUCUCACCUGCUUAACACCCUGUACAAGGCCAUCCUUGAAUAUGAUAAUGUUGGAGAAGCCUCUGAACAAACUGUUUCCCUCCUGUUCUCUCUCUGGGUGGAAACAGUGCGUCCCUACCUGCAGACCGUAGAUGAAUGGAUCGUUCAUGGGCACCUAUGGGAUGGCGCCAGGGAGUUCAUCAUACAGAGGAACAAAAAUGUUCCAGUAAAUCACAGAGACUUCUGGUAUGCAACUUACACAUUGUAUAGCGUAUCAGAAAAGACAGAAAAUGAAGAAAAAAUGAGUGACAAUGCCAGCGCCAGCUCUGGCAGUGACCAGGGUCCAUCCAGUCGGCAGCACACCAUGGUGUCCUUCCUCAAGCCUGUGCUGAAGCAGAUCAUUAUGGCUGGCAAGUCUAUGCAGCUGCUGAAGAACCUGCGCUGUGCGGAGAGCUCGGCCUGUCAGGCGGCAGCCAGAGAUGCAGAAAGAAAAAGCUUAUAUACCCUCUUUCUGGAAUCCAUACAGUUGCGUCUUCAGCAUGGAGAAGAUUCCACUCCACAGGUCCUCACUGAGCAGCAGGCAACAAAGGAGAACCUAAUUAAGAUGCAGUCCAUUGCAGAAAGGCAUCUGGAGCUAGAUGACAUUCAUGACCCACUGCUGGCCAUCAACUUUGCAAGGUUGUAUUUGGAGCAGAGCGACUUUCAUGAGAAGUUUGCUGGUGGUGAUGUAUGCGUGGAUAGAUCCUCAGAAUCUGUGACAUGCCAGACUUUUGAAUUAACACUGAGGUCUUGCCUCUAUCCUCAUAUUGAUAAGCAGUAUCUACAUUGCUGUGGAAAUCUCAUGCAGACCUUAAAAAAAGAUUACAGGUUGGUGGAAUACUUGCAGGCCAUGAGGAACUUUUUCUUGAUGGAAGGUGGAGAUACCAUGUAUGACUUCUACACAUCAAUUUUUGAUAAAAUAAGAGAAAAGGAAACCUGGCAGAAUGUGUCAUUUCUGAAUGUCCAGCUCCAAGAAGCAGUAGGACAGCGCUACCCUGAAGACAGUUCACGUUUAUCUAUAUCUUUUGAAAAUGUUGACACAACCAAGAAGAAACUACCUGUUCAUACCUUAGAUGGUCUGACCCUAAGCUACAAGGUCCCAUGGCCUGUGGACAUUGUUAUAAGUUUGGAAUGUCAAAAAAUAUAUAAUCAAGUAUUCCUUCUCCUAUUGCAAAUAAAAUGGGCAAAAUAUAGUCUGGAUGUUCUGCUGUUUGGUGAACUGGCAAAUGCUGCUGAAAGACCCCAACUAAAAGAACAAAACACACUUGCCCAAUUUGGACCACCACAAGAAUCCAUAAGACAGCAGAUCCAUCGCAUGUUCCUCCUAAGAGUGAAGCUCAUGCAUUUUGUGAACAGCUUACACAACUAUAUCAUGACCAGGAUUCUUCACAGUACAGGACUGGAGUUUCAGCAUCAAGUUGAGGAAGCAAAAGAUUUAGAUCAGUUGAUUAAAAUUCACUACAGGUAUUUGUCAACCAUCCAUGAUCGGUGCCUGCUGAGGGAAAAGGUCAGCUUUGUGAAAGAAGCCAUCAUGAAGGUGUUGAACUUGGCACUCAUGUUUGCGGAAGGUUGGCAGGCAGGCCUAGGGGCUUGGCAAGGCCAGAAGAGGGUGUUAGAUGUCCUGUAUCACUCUUUACCUGUUCCUCUGAGGCUGGGUCUCUUCAUGAACCAGGGACUCAACCAAAUGGAAUCUAUAGAGAAAAUGGAAUCUGAUUUUAAAAACUGCCACAUGUUUCUGGUUACCAUUUUAAAUAAAGCUGUCUGCAGAGGAUCUUUUCCACACUUGGAAUCUCUAGCACUGUCACUUAUGGCUGGCAUGGAACAAAGUUAAAUUUCUUUAAUAACAAGUACUUCGACUCCACCUUCAAAUGCGUACAUUUUCACCACUUGCAGCUGUAAACUGUUCUCAGUCUAGACAAAUGGAUUGUAUUAAAGAAUGUAUAGAGUUAUAUGUGUAAAGUUGUGUAUAUAAUUGCAAGGUGUAUAUAGGUAUUAUAUAUGUAGAUUGUUUACUCGAUAAGGAUUUACACUUGUAAAUGUGAAAUGUAAUUAUUUUUAGUUAAUGAUAAUAUAAAUAUUAAAAAUAAGUUAAUGCUUU